AUGAUUGAUAAUCGCAGAGGUUGGCACGAGACGAUGCCAUAUGCUUUGUUAGGUUACAGAACGACUGCCAGGACAUCAAUCAGAGCUACUCCAUAUUUGCUAGUAUACGGAACAGAGGUAGUUAUACCUGUACAAGUUGAAAUACCUUCAUUGAGAAUCAUCCCAGAAGCUGAAUUGAGUGAUGCUGAGUGGGUUCGCAAGCGGAUUGAUCAGUUAACAUUGAUUGAUGAGAACAAAAUGAUUGCUAGAUUGGCACACUGGUACUUUAGAUGGUCUGAUGGUCUGCUCGGCGACACGCCGAGUGCUCUUGCUGAUCCUCAGGCUCGCCUAUCUUCACUUUUUCAGCCUAUUUUGUUCCUUUUCACCUGUUAG